GAAUAUUAAAGUGACUAUCGUGUUUCUGCACGGUUCUCUGUCAGCAUUUCCUAAUUAAUAUUCAUUAGACCAGCUUUCGCUAUGGACGGGUAGGUGUCUUCCCAUAACAGAUCGCCUGUCUAGCCGCAGUUAUGGCGGAGUCUGCGGUGCAGAUGGACGAAGAUGAGUGGCAUGAUUUUAACCGACUCAAAUGCCUAACGGGACAAGAAAUUCAUAUGCAGCGAGUUAAUUUGAAACCCGAAGACGUAUCCGAUAUGUUGGAUGGAUGUUUAGACACUGGGUUGAAUAUUUCAUACACAUCCGCGGAGGAGAUAGUCAACCACUUCGACGAGAAGUUACAAUUUUGCUUCCAAAACCAAGACUUUAAACCCGACACAAUAGACCGAGUGAAGACAAUAAGUGAGGACAGGACACUAAAAUGUGAUGAGAUCUGGAAUGCUCUCAUGGAUAGCUAUAGCAAUGUCAUGCCAGUAGACUGGAAUCAUUCUCGGGCCUGCUCGCUUCAUCUCUCAACACUGAGUCUUGAAGACAAGCCGAGGUUGGAGAACUUGAACCUGGAUCUCUCUGAUGAUGAGGACCUGAGGGAGCAAAUGGACAUGCAUUCCAUCGUUGUGUCCUGUAUCAAUGAAGAACCCCUCCUCACCGCUGAACAGGUAAUUGAGGAGAUUGAGGAGAUCAUGCACGACUCAUCAGAGAUGGAAUCAGAGCAGAACACUUCACUUUCAGAAUUCUCUGUCAUCUCUCACAAAACCCAAAGAUCUCACACAAACCACGUGUACAAGGAGAGAGCAAGGCUGAUGUCAGUAGCUGAGCUGAACGAGUGGCUGGAGGAAGUGGAGAUGACCAUACUUGGGUAUUCAGAGGAGCUGAUUCAGCAUCUGGCCAUGAGGGAUGAGCUGGAGUUUGAGAAGGAGGUGAAAAACAGCUUCAUUUCCGUUCUCAUCGACGUGCAGAACCGUCAGAAGGAACAUCGAGAGAUGCUGAAAAAGAAGAAGAAAGUAAAGAAUACAGCGGGCACGCCUAACAGCCGAUUAGAGAGGUUACAUUCAUCUCGCUUCAGUAUGGAGGGCAUUUCGACUGCCAUUCAGAAUGGUUUUCGGCAAACUUUUGGGAAUGGGGGUGAGGCGAAACAGUACGUAACAACAGUCAUCCCGUACGAGAGGAAAGACAGGCCUCCACCGGUCCAGGACCUUCAGAUUUUUAUCAAACUAUUAGAAGCCAUGAGAGAUGACAGUGACAAAGUCCCAAGUCUUCUCACAGACUACAUACUCAAAGUACUUUGUCCCACCUAGAGAGAAGAGAGGCACUUCCAUCCUCUUAUUAACAACAAGAGCUCCUGGAGGGAUUUCAUUCACUGUGAAGCUCAGUUUUUACCUUUCUGUCAGUAUUCCAUGCAUGAAACAGGAAGGCUUCUGUAUUGAAGUGUUUGAUACCGGUUUUCUUCAUGUUUACCGCACAUGGUGGUUUGCAGUUUUCUGUUUAGUUGAAUUAUGGUUUGCAAUUCAUGUCGAAAAACUUCAAGGUGAAAUGUGUAAUUUACGCAUCACUACGCAUCACUACAAUAACUAUACAAUAUUGUAAAAAUAAUGACAAACAGGUUUAUUGAUCACUUCUCCACCUGCCAUAGGCCAGAAAAACAGAUAGUCCUACCCCAAACACACAGCAUUGCACAAGCAAGAACUUCUAGGCUGGGCUGGUCAACAAAUUGUGUUUAGAUAUCACUACAGUGUUUUCAGGGGCCGUUCCAAUAAGGAAGUUCAACCAACACCGAGUUAAAAUCUGAACUCUGAGUUGAUUUACUCAGAGAAUCGCUACUCUGAGGUUUCAGUUUCAGAACAGCUGAUUUGAGUUAGUUCAAUCAACCCUGAGUAAGUUCACUCUAGGUUACGCGCUUGCAGCAUCGCGAUGAAAAGCCAUCAUCAAUUGAGUGAAGAUAGCACGAUUCACCAUGGCAACGGCACGUGACAAAAAGCGUUCUGUUCAUUUCUCGCCAAUCAAAUUGAAGGAACUGUUACAAGCGUAAGGUGAAUAUGAGCAGAUAUUUAGAAAAAAGUGCAACACAGCCGCAGCAGCAAAAGAAAGAGAGUUGGCGUGGGAGAAAAGUGCUUCACGUGUUAAUGCGCCAGUUUAUAUGUCAAUCAUUUUUAUAUUUAUUUUGUUGAAACUGUGAAAAUGCGAAUUAUAUUUAACUCUCUUGCUCUCAUGUAGGUGAUAUCCUUCUGCAAUAAAAAGAUCUUGGCAGCAGCUGAAUAUGAAAUAUACGACGGCGUCGUAAAAAAAAAAAGAUUUCGAGAAUAAAGUCGAAAUGUUACGAGAAUAAAGUCGAAAUGUUACGAAAAUAAAGUCGAAAUGUUACGAAAAUAAAGUCGAAAUGUUACGAGAAUAAAGUCGAAAUGUCAAAAUCUGACAUGAACUACGAAUUAACUCACUGAUUCAGAUGACGUACUUAAACAUAAUUUAAACUCUUAAACUACAACUUUCACGAAAAUAAAAUACUUUAUUAAUACUAAAUUAUUCUCGGAACAUUUUGACUUUAAUCUCGUAAAAUUUCGACUUUAUUCUCGUAAUCUUGAAUUUAUGUUAUUUAUUUAACGUGGCACUAAAACGCCGUGGUAGAAAUACAAUAACAUCAUUCAUUCAGGAAAGUUUAAAGAAAUAAAAUAGUCUUGAUAGUAGGAUGACUGAUUGGGAAAUGUUAAAUAUACUUCUUAAACUGGCCUUAAAAGUUAAGAUAAAACGUCCAAACGGGGCCUCACAAUUCCUUCCCGACAUAAAUGUAACUCUCUGCGAAUUAAUGCAGCUUCCUCUUCUAUGGGUUCCUGAAUAAACGAAUAUGCUAUUUUAAGUUCUGUGUCACUAAAUAGAGCGCGAUUAGGAACACGAAUCAAUAAACAGAUGACGUAUGUCAUUUCAACACCGCUCGCGCUUCGAAAAGGGGGCGGAGAUUGUAACAAACCCUGCGUUUGCGGAUUAAAACCUGCUCCCGACCAGGUUAGGUUCACGGAGUAGGUUACUCUGGUUACUCACUCGGAGUAUAAGAUACCUCGAUUUCUGAAAUGGGCUUGACUUACUCCGCGGUCGUGGGUUUGACAUACCUCGCGUUCUGAAACCAAAAACCCUGAGUAUUCCGUUUUCUGGGGUUGACUUACUCUGAGUUUGCACUUACCCUGCUUUCUGAAACGGGCCCCAGGGAACAACCUUUAGUUCAGUUUCUGCAUAUUAAACUGAGAUAGUAGAACAUAUUGUUACAUUUUAAUAUUACACACAUCACCUUUAGUAUUAUAACGUCAAAGACAAAUAGUUCACAGUUUAGUUUUUGCAUGUUAGUAUAAUAACAGCAGCAUGAUUUUUGUAAGAAAUAUCAGUUGACCCAUGUAUGCGUUUAUAUUAUCAAGGGGUGUAACAGCAGUUCCAGUCGUAAGAGUUUGGAAUAGUUGUUUUGUAACGUGAGGGCACUUACUGAUCUUUUAAAUGUUGUUUUGCUCAGAUUAUUAGAAAGUCAGAGAGUGAAUCAGAUGACCUUUUUAAUGCCUUAUUCCAAAAAAUGUUAUUAGGAUUAUUCACUCAUUUACAAACAGAAACUGUGCUCCUAGAUUUUUUCAACUCACAUUAUAUUGUUUGUGUGUACAUACAAUUAUCAUGAUGAGUUUAUUUGUAUCAGAGCAAUAGUUUGAAUAUUUUGUGAUUAUUUACUCAACCCCUGAUGCUCCAACUCCUGACGACUGUCUUUCAUAGAUCACACAGGCAGAAAUGUGAAAGAAUGUCUACACAACUCUAUUGCACACAAUUUCGGCACAUUACUUUUUUUUGGAGCUGUUUGAUUGCUACUUCACUGGCCACCGUAAACUAUUGAAAUUUUUGUAAUUAAUGUACAGUAAAUUCUGGUUAAUUGACAUUGAAAUGAAUUAUGCAAUGCACGAAAAAGUAGUUUUAAUGGUCUGAGGGUGAGGACAAACAUUUACAGUUUUUGGGUUAACUAUUACUGAAAUCUAUGCACAACUGCUGACCAGACAUCUGGCGUCAAUAGAAUGAAAAAUAGGCAGAUGUAUUUUACUGUUUGAAAAAGGUAUAACUUGGGCCCAUUUUGCCUUAUUAAACAAAUCUAAAUGCUGAUUAACAUUAUGGUACCAGUGAAUGAAUGUUUGUGUGCCUAUUCAUUUACCAUAAUGUAGCAGUAAUUAGCUGUACAGCUAUAGGUCUUAAUUCAGAUUAAUGUGUUGAACAAAGUUGUUUGGGUAAAAUAAAUGACGAGAUAUUAAUAUUAUUUCUAACAGUUUUGUUUGAAAUGUACAGUAUGAAUCAUGGUGAUUUACGUUUCUCACUUUUUGUUUAUUUGUACUUUUCAAAGCAAAAAAGUAAAAUAUAUAUUUUAAAAAUAUAAUCUAUUUUGCAUUUAUUUCUGCUCAAUAAAAUCUUUGAUGAAAA